CUCAAACUGCCGGGACUGUCCCGGUCAUUCCAGGACGGUUGGCAACUAUGAUACCGCCGGCGCGUUCAUUUGCGGGCACCGUAACUUAUUGCGCAUGCGCGAUUCGAUACAUUGCUCCACGCCCAUUGCUUGCCCCGCCAGCGAACUCAUUAGUCCUCAGCAGCAGCCCCUUCCUUACGGUUGUCUCCUAAGGAUCCCCCGAUUGGUAGUCGUUAACCACGCAGCAAUGAACACGAGAUGACGAAGGCCUUGAUGAGAUGGCAACAGCAGAACCAAUCUCAAAGGUGUGUCUGAGCUCCCCCUCAGCCAUAGAGCGGCUGUAUAAGUCCUGUGAUGGUGGGAGGGGUGACGAGGUAGAGAGGGUGCUGGAAGGGAGGGUGACCCAGGAAGACAGGACUGCCCUGGCCAACUACAAGAGCAAGGAGACAGGGUUCACUCCACUGCACAGAGUGUGUCACCAUGGUCACCACCAGUGCAUCCCUCCUCUCCUCAAACAGAAUGCUGACCCUCACAUCUGGGACCAUUGUGGGUUUGCCCCCAUCCACUGUGCUGCCAGAGGUAACCACACGGCCUGUGUGGAAUUCCUAAUCAACAGCAGAGACUGUGACGUCAAUGAAAAGACACAGUUUGGGGAGACCCCUUUCCUGAUUGCUUGUCUCAGUGGUUCUCUUGAGGUGGCCAGGUAUCUGUAUGACAGUGGGGGCUAUGGGGAGGAGGACAGCAGAGGGAACAAUGUGCUCCACUAUGCAGCAGCCAGUGACUCUGCCCAGCUACUCCUCUGGCUGCUCAGUAUCCAUGACUUCAAGGCUCUCAUUGACUCUCCCAACAAUGAAGGCCACACCCCACUGCACCAUGCCUGUGCCCUGGGCUGUACCAACUCUCUCUCUGCCCUCCUCCACCACAACGUCAUCGUGUCCUCCCUCACUCCUUCCACCACCCACCUCCUGCACCCCUCCUCCUCCUCACACCCUCACACACUCUCACACUCUGAGGUGGCCCGACAGCUGGGUAACAGUAGGUGCUAUGAGAUAGUUGCCGACUCUGCCACUCCCCCACCCCUCCCUCGUGUCCCCACCUCUACCCCCUUCAACAGAGAAGGGUCCCAGGUCUCAGAGGAUGUACUGAGACAGACUAAGUCUGCUGCCUUGUUCCCUCCUCUGCGGAGCAACAGCUCAGGGUCGCGAGGGUCACGUCUCUCUUUACUCCCCACGACAUCUCUUCAGCGUAGAGGAUCUCUGGUGGGAGCAUCUCGUCCAGUGACCCUUGAACUCCGUCGCAGCUCCUCCCUGAGACGAGGCUCCUCGGACUCUCUCCUGAAGCGGGGGGUGUCGGAGGACGACAGGAGGACUUACCUCCAGAGUCGGAGCAGUGCCCACAGACUGUGCCGGACCCUCAGUCGCCAGAGCAGCUCCAGUGUGGAGCAACUCCUCUAUGAUAGCACUGCCUAUGAGCCACCACCAGACAUUCUCUUCACCCUCCCUGUGAACAAAAAGGUUCUCACAUCACGUAGUUGUAAGGCCUACUCCUCAGAGCAUGGACUGAAGCUGCGGGUCUCGAAGGACUACUGGAGUGGGGAGAACAAGUCUCAUGGUCUGCAUGUCUGCAUGGGUGCUGCCAUGCACUACAGCCAGACAUUUCCUCAGGGCUAUACAGUGGUCAGUCCCAUAUGUUUCGUCAGCUGUCGCUCCAGAGGUCCUUGUCGUGUUAGUCUCACCUUCCCUCAUGCCCUGGACGCCACACCAGACACCACGACACCCUCACGGCUAGUCAUCCUCUCCUCCGCCACGGCCAAGGUCGAUGCCGGCUCCCAGGGCCCCUUCUUCUCCCCGAGUGAGCGAGUCCUGGACCCGCUGGACGAUAUUGACUUCAAGGUUGACAGGGGACUUGCCAGGUUUCAGACAGAGCUGUGUCACCCCUCUCUGUUUGCGGUGGCAGUCCGGGACACUCCCGGCUCCAUCCCACUGCCACUGAGGUGCUGUCUGUAUGUGCUCUAUCCUGUCAUUGAGCCCACGGUAUCCAUGGUGACCGGCUUCGACGUUGAGGCAUAUGUGGGGAUGAACAUUCCAACUGUUGCCACGGCGGUGAUGUCGUGGGCGGAGCAGCAUGACCUGAAAAUGGAGGAGACUCAUUUCGUCAUGUCAGGAGAGCAUGUGACAGUGUCGGCUGACCUCCUCCCGCCACAUCAGACUGACUGGGACGUCAGCCGCAGGGGAGACGGAAAGUUCCUGUACAACCAGGUGUCCCUGACGCAGCACACAGACAGAGACUCCUACAGCCACCAGCUGGUAUAUCCUCACAGAGAACGCUUCUUCAUCGAGCCCAAGUCAGCCGCCAGUGCUGUCAAGUGCAGGAUUAGUGUGUCCAACAGCAUCCGAGAACUGUCCUACCUUCUUGUCAUCCCCUUCUCUCCUAAGAAAGAGGCAACACCGGACCUGGCAUCUCCAGAGCACCGCCACUCCCUCCCCCUCUCCUCCCACCCUCUCCCUCCCAAUCGCAGAUACUCCCUCCCUUAUCCCUCCUCCUCUCGCAGCUCAUUCAGAGUAGUGUCUCCCACACACACACCGUCUCACUUCCCACAAGUUCUCCUCACCCAAACCUUACCUAUGGCCUCUCCACCAUACCACAGCUUAUCGCCUCACUCCUCUUCGGCCAGACCUGACUCCUCACGACACUCACCCCCUCCCCCUUCUACUGGCAGACCAAUAUCUGAUACCUCGUAUCCUGCACCCUCUGCUACUGUUAGUCACUCGCCCCCUCCCCUCUCUUCUGGCGCUACCACAGCUCCUAGUCGCUCACCCCUUCUCCCCUCUGCUACUUUUCUUGAACACUCACCCAGUCCCUCUUCUGCCAUGACCAUUGCUGGUCGCUCAUCGCCCCGUCGCACAGUUGUUGGUACCCUUCCCAACCGUUCUCCUGUACUCUAUCUUCCAAAUGGAGCCCACCAUCACUCUGAAUCUCAAGUGUAACAUUUUUACUGUCAAGGUCUUAUGUACAGAGAGUAAAAUAAUAUUAUUAUCUUAAAUAUUGAUUUAUGCUGACAUUUGUACAGAGUAUUUAUACACUUAUGCUGAUUUAGCAUGGCUUUUUCUAGCAUGAUUUUUGGAAAUCCUGCUCAUGACUGUCUCAUAAAGCAAUGCCUGCAUGUACGUGGCA